AUGUCAGACUCCAAGGAUGAUAAAGGAGAUGAAGAGAAGACCUAUGGAGGAUGUGAGGGACCCGAUGCUAUGUAUGUAAAGCUGGUGUCAUCAGACGGCCAUGAAUUUAUUGUCAAGAGAGACCAUGCUUUGACAUCGGGGACUAUAAAGGCUAUGUUGAGUGGCCCAGGCCAAUUUGCAGAAAAUGAGACAAAUGAAAUUAAUUUUAGGGAAAUCCCGUCACAUGUACUACAGAAGGUGUGUAUGUAUUUCACCUACAAAGUGAGAUACACCAAUAGCUCCACAGAGAUCCCAGAGUUCCCAAUAGCACCGGAAAUCGCUUUAGAAUUACUUAUGGCUGCCAACUUCUUAGAUUGCUGAAAAAAAGAUACCUGUAUUGCUUAGUUUGUUCCCAUUCUGUAAUUGGUGCCAAAAUUAGUUCGUACCUGUAUAAAAUCAUCAGCUGAAAUUAAUCCUACAAAGUAAAAAGAUACAAAAACGGCACUUUAUUGUUAUAAUUGAUCAGAUAAACUAUCACUAAAAUUUGUGAAUUAACAUUGGAAUUGAACUUAAAAUUUGACUGUGGAUUCUGGAAGUAAAGAGUCACUUAUAUCGUUCUUGCAUUGUAAAAGGCGGUUAAGUUUUAUGUGAAACUUUUUUAUUGUAUUAUGCGUUUUAUUUCUUAUUUGUGUAUUAAAGUGUUAUAAAUAACAGUUAAUUUGCUACAUAAUGACAUUAUAUGAAGUUUUUUCCCCUACAUAUGUGCACUGUGAUGUGAUGUUUGUAAUUAUACAAGGAUUGUUUGAGCUUCUAAAUAUCUGGGCAAUAGUAAGUGAUAGUUGGGUCCAUGUUGUUGUGUAUCAUUUCAGUGUUAUGACUCAUUUAGAUUUAUGUCAUUAAAUCCUUUCUAUUUAAGAAAAAUUA